AUGGGAAAUUUACCACGGUCACGAGUAACUCCAGCAAGACCGUUCCAAUUCACUGUAGUUGACUACGCAGGACCAAUCGCCUUGAAGACUUCACCAGGACGAGGACACAAGACCACCAAGGCCUUCUUCGUCAUCUUCGUAUGCAUGGUGACCAAAGCUGUGCACUUAGACAUCGCUUCCGACUACUCCACGCAAGCCUUCACGGCAGCUUUGAAACGAUUUAUCUCAAGAAGAGGACUCUGCACCGAGCUCUACAGCGACCGAGGUACCAACUUCGUAGGCGCAAACGCCGAGCUGCAAAAGCUGAUCAGAGCUGCAACGAGCGAACACAACUCCUUCACAAAGGAACUCGCUCAACUGGGCAUCACUUGGCGGUUCAACCCACCAGCAGCUCCACACUUUGGCGGGCUCUGGGAAGCUGCCGUGAAAUCUACAAAGUUUCAUCUUCGCCGAGUCAUCGGAGACGCUUCGCUCACAUACGAAGAAAUGAGCACCGUCCUCUCACAAAUCGAGGCGUGCCUAAACUCUCGGCCUCUCAGUGCACUGACUGAUGAUCCUGACGACGUAUCGGCCUUAACCCCGGGUCACUUUCUCAUCGGUGCACCCCUCAAUGCACUUCCGGAAUCAACGCUUGCGGACACGCCAACAUCACGAUUGUCCCGCUGGCAACAACUCACCCAGAUGCGAGAUCACUUUUGGACAAGAUGGCCCCGCGAAUACAUCCAAAGCCUCAUCCCAAGAAACAAAUGGCUCCAAGCAAAGGACGACAUGAAAAAGGGUCGUCUCUGCCUCAUCCGAAACGAAAUCACUCCUCCAUCAAAAUGGCCACUGGGACGAAUCAUCGAAACACUGCCAGGAAACGAUGGUCUUAUCAGAGUUGCCGUCAUAAAAACCGCCACAACCACGCUAACAAGACCAAUCAACAAGACAGUUCUCCUUCCAAUUGCUGCAGAAGAGUAA